UUAUGACGUCACUUUGGAACAAGGAGAAAUGGGUUCUAGCUAUGUAGGCCUACACUGAAGACUAAUUCAACAAUUUCAGGUGUUCGAGUGACAGAUCUACUAAUAAUCAGCAUAGCAACAUGAAGACAAUACACUGUGUUUGUAUGAUUCCAGGUUUACUGGUAACCUGUAUGGGGUCCCUUGAUUUGUCUGGAUCUCCGGCCUAUCCCGAUCUGAACCAGACGUACACGCUUACAUGUACGGUAAACGAUGAGAUCAACGAAGAAGUGAUCACUUUCCAUGAUCCAAGGGGAGAGUUCGGCAUGCUAACGCAGACUCUAGCGGGAUGCUCGGUGGCCAAGCUCCUGGCAGCAGCUGACUACGAUGCCUCGUGUGGACACGGAACAAACGGACGUCUGAACAGGACUAGGAUUUACACUCUGACAAUCAAAAGAGUUACAGUCAACGACACUGCAGAAUGGUUCUGCCAGGGAACACAGCCUUUAAGACGCAGCGAAGGUUUUACUCUAGCGUUGAAGCUGCGUGGGGCGUGGUCAUCCUGGGUCCAGCACCUGGGUGCGUGUCAGUCUGACUGCAGGCGGACAGUGUCUCACACAAGAACCUGUGAUUAUCCUGAUGAUGCUCCCCAAGAGAGACUCCUGCCGUGCUUAGGCGGCAACAAGGAUGAGACAACUCAGGGCUGUCUUAGCGACGGCUGUAAUAAAGGUCUAAGUUUGUCUUCAAAGGUCGCUAUAAUGAUUACCGUAACUUCAGUGUUACUUCUGAUUGCGAUGGUGUUGACUGCUUGGUGUUUCUGCCGAAGACUUCCUAUAUAUGGUUGUGCACAACAGUUUUCCCCCACAUUCCAGCAGACUUUUGAAAAGGGCAAGAGAUACAAUGCAAUUUGCCGAAUACAAAACACUGCGGAGAAAGACGAUGACAAAGAGCUGCCUGUUGUUGUGUUAAACCCCACCAAUGAGCACCCAUCAACGGACUCUUUAUCUGGUUGUCGCCAGACGCUACAGUGUCUACUGGAAACCAGACGAGAGGCGGUGGAACACAGGAUGGACACUAGGAGACAGUCGAUACAACACAUACUGGAAGACUACAGUCACGUGACAACUUCCCAGGACAUCAUCAGAAAAUAUAGCAUAGAAAAUGUGGACGAAAACCUCGACGAAAUUGCACAUCGGUCCAGGUUAAGCAGAUCGCUUUCAAUAUCUGGAGCUCAAUUCAAGAAGAAGACAGAAAGUACAACUUCUGGGAAGAUACUUGACAAUGAUAUAGAAACAGAUGUAUCAUUUACCCUAGAUAAAGACAAAACAGACGGGUCUAGAAGAGUCACAUUCACACUUCCCAAAGACAGCCAGUUAAGUGAAAGGAAAGCAGCAGAAAGAGUAUACGACAAUCCUGCUUUUGAGAAAUAAGACGAGCCAUGAUAGCGUCAGCUGACCGUAGUAAAGAUGAUGGUUUUAAACGCUGCUUGUCCCGAUCACCAUUCGUCUGAUAAUUCGCGAACUGGCUCGUGGAUCCAGCUCAACAUAGAUUUAUCAUUGGCGUAGCCAGAGGUGGAGGGAGGGGGCGGGGUGGGGUGGGCACCUCUUAUAAUUUUCCAGUCUCCCCAUAACGUGUAAAAGGACAGUAAUGCACCCCCCCCCCCCCCCACACACACACACACACACACACAAACACACAAUAUAAAAUCCUGGGCCCAGCUAUUUGAAGCAUAGUUAAAUUAAUCUUUAGUUAGUGUAAUAUUUUCUUGUAAAUUAGUUAUGAACACAUACAAAAUAAACUUUAGAAUUGAUUAUGUAUGAAUACCUUUGGUUGUUCUAAAUAAAGUUUCAUCAUCAUG